GACCUCCCCGCCCGCCUGCACUUCUUACGAACCAUCGAUGCACCCCAACUGGGCUAACCCGCCUUUGACGCCCAUGCUGUACAGCACACCAGCAAGGAAGCACCGGCGAGGAAGCAAGGGGACAAGCCAUUGAAGGAUUUUCAGGCACAUGCCAGCCCUCUGGCCUCGAGCAUCAGCACCGGCGGCUUUCAGCUGGUGGCAUUAUGCACCCACAUGCCAACCAGUGACAGUGACGGGAGUAUCAGUCUCGCGCGGUGGAAGAGCUGAGCGCCACCAACAAGCUGAGCUGCGCAGGGCGGGGGCGUUGUUGAGGACGUUGCAACCGUCAGCCUCGAACCAUCUACCCUCAGCUGCUAACCGCUUUGUGACGCUGACCUUGGCUGGUGCAACUAGAUGGGAAGUACGGGGAUGUCAUCCCGCAUUAGGCCCAAGGCUGCAUGGACGGGGUGGGUGGUACUCGAGAGACGUCAAGUCAAUCGAGACAAGUACACUCGUGUACCUCCCAUUUCCACCCCGCCUGUGCGUCGCCUGCGCUUUCGUCUUGGCAGCAAGCCAUCUAUCGUCAAUCAACAAUAGUAUGCCACCCAAGAAGCCACCUCUGUUGGAUCUGUUGGACCUGUUCGAGAAGCGGUUAAACAUGUUUGCGUCAGUACUCCUGCAGCACAAAGAGCGCCUCCUGUUCCCCGUUAUUCGGCAGCCCAGCCUCCACGUCCAAUAAGAUCCUUCGCCAACCUCAUGUCAGUUAAAGGCCCAACAAUCGCCGCUGGUCACCCGCAUCGGAAGAACCCAAUAGGUGC